UUGCGGAUAUUGUGUCGCGAAGUCUCGUGCCAUCGUGUCCUUACUACGGUGCUCCUGCGAUAUCGGAGCAUCCCAGUGGCGUCUACGUUCCGCGACAGUGAGUGUUUUCCUGCACGUCUUGCGUUUCCUUUCGUUCUUUCGCCACCUCUGACCGGGAGAACUCGUUUCAGGGACGUCGGAUGUGUGCUCUCGCGUUUCUCUCUCGUGACUGUUCCUUUCAGGACUUGCCACGGUUAGUUAAGGUUGGGUACGCGACUGUCACGUCCGCGUGCUCUCGUUUCGGGACUUGAACCGUGCGCGAAGUGCUCAUUUUUUCGGGGACCAGAGUGAAAAAUCAGUGAUCGAGGUUCGAUGUUUGCGAGUGCACGACGAAAGGUUCUUUUCUAAAGGGGACCAACCAGCUACCUGGAGCGAGGAUGGCCUUCUCGGAGCUGACGUUGGGACGCUACCACGCUCGAGUCUGUCGAGAUCAGUAAUUGGCAUCAACGUCGAACAGUUAGAAAGAGGAGAUUCGACAUCCCAACAUUCUUUGCAGGAAAUAUCCUGUUCGGAGCAGAAGAACCGGAAGUGCCCUCGUCUUCAAGAGCGAAAGGAUUGCCGUCCAGACGUAGUCGACGCAGAAUCUCGGGAAAAUUUGUAAAAGCGAGAGGAGCAGCGACCUAAAUCGAAUUAAGCCGUCAAGACGGUGCACGCGUCCGAUCGAGUUUUUCCUGGAUGGCAUCCCGGUGGUCGUUUUUCCGCGACAGAGGCAGCGUCCUAGCGUCGCCUGGGUCUCUAGCAGCUUCACCGAGCAUAUCGAGUGAAUCGCGAUAAAGUACCCUCGACACGUCUCGUCGUCGGACAAAAGGGCUACACAGACGCAGUGAAUUGCUCUGGACUGGACCCUACCUCGCCCCCCGACACCUAUUUUUCCAUCCCUCGUUCUUUCACUCUUUCUUUCCAUCCGACUCCCAACGAGCAGAAAAAUCGAAAUCGAAGGUCAACGCAUCCGCUGAUCGACUCUCGGAGCGGAGGAACGACCGUCAGCCUGAGGAUUCUUCGAGGCAAGAUCGUGUCAACGUCAGCGUGUCCCAUGAAGUCGACGGACGACACUAGAGUCGGGGAGCGAUCGUCGACAGUGAUCAUCAUCGGCUCGAGAACGAGCAGUCGUACCUGCAGCUGGUGCUCCAGGUGAAUCGAAACCUGAAGGCAUCCCCCAAGAAGCAAAUACCACUGUUACAUCAUGUACAAGAUCCUUCGACGCGGAUCAAGCCGCGUGUUCGUCGCCUGCGUUGUCCUGCUGACGCUUCUGUUGUGCCUAUACUACGUCAGUCAGGCACAGGCUCCCUCCACUGGACCUUCGGCAGGGAUCUUGAACGAAGAACUACGGUACGAGCGGGGGCCAACUUCGAUCACCCCGGAUUACGUGGAAUCUCCUGACGCCAAAGUCUCCCUGGACACCUGCCCCAUCAUCGUACCCAGGAACGUGGACAUAGACACUCAGCAGGAGUUUGAGAAGUUCGACUUCCAGCCAUCGUGGAUGCGUAGUAGGGAAUAUUGGGACGACAGUUUCGAAGCCAGAUAUGCAGAGCUCAGGAAGGAUCCAACAAGGCCGCCGUUGAAGGUGAUCCUGGUACCCCACAGCCACACAGAUCCAGGAUGGCUGAAAACGUUCGAACAAUACUUUCACAGCUCUACUAGGAGCAUCCUGAACAACAUGGUCUCGAAGUUGCAGCAAUGGCCGAAUAUGACCUUCAUCUGGAGCGAAGUGUCCUUCUUAUCGCUUUGGUGGGAGAGCGCCCAUCCUACCAAGAAGAUGGUCGUGAAGAGGUUGGUGAAGGAUGGCAGGCUGGAGAUGACCACAGGAGGCUGGGUGAUGACCGAUGAGGCGACUUCGCACAUCUACGCCAUGCUGGAUCAACUCAUCGAAGGUCACCAGUGGUUAAAAACAAACCUGGACGUGGUCCCGGAAUCCGGCUGGUCGGUAGACCCGUUCGGCCACGGCGGCACUAUCCCGUACUUCCUGAAAGCCUCGGGCGCUUCCGGUACUAUAAUCCAACGGAUCCACUACGCGUGGAAGCAAUGGUUCGCUAAGAAACAGUACGGCGACUUCGUCUGGCUCCAUCCCUGGGAUCAGACAGGGGAAGCGGACAUGCUGACCCACAAUCAACCAUUCGACAUCUACAACAUCAAGCACUCCUGCGGUCCUCAUCCCCACGUCUGUCUGAACUUCGACUUCCGAAAGAUUCGCGGAGAGUACACCGAGUACUCUGUACGGGCGGUCGAGAUCACGCCGAACAAUGUGAAGCAAAUGGCCGAGUUGCUUCUGGAACAGUACUCGCGGACAGGAUCUUUGUUCACGCAUAAUGUCGUGCUGAUGCCGCUCGGGGACGACUUCAGGUACGACCACGCGGUCGAGUGGGACCAACAGUAUACCAACUACAAAAUCCUGAUGGACUACAUAAACAGUCGAAAGGACGAGUACAACGCUGAGAUAGUGUUCGGCACGCCGAAGGACUACUUCCGUGAGAUUAGAAAACGCGUGGAAAACUUCCCAACCCUGAAGGGUGACUUCUUCGUCUACUCGGAUAUCUUCAGCGAGGGCAGACCGGCUUACUGGAGCGGCUACUUUACCACGAGGCCGUAUAUGAAGAUCCUGGACCGCGAACUCGAGGCGAAUCUGCGAUCCGCCGAAAUUCUCUACACCAUCGCGUUGAACGUCGCUAAACAGUCCGAGAAGGACUUCAUGCUCUACGAGACGUACUUCGAGAAGCUCGUCAAGGCGAGACGGAACCUGGGCCUGUUUCAACACCACGACGCUAUCACUGGCACCUCCAAAUCCUUCGUCAUGAAGGACUACGCGCUGAAGUUGUUCGAAUCCAUCUCAGACACGACUAGUUUGCAGAGCUUUGCCAUUCAAUCACUCGCUGGGACAUCGGCCAGGCCAAAUUCGGUGUACGUGUUGGCAGAAUCCGAUAGGGACAGCUACGAGAAGCUACCCAAGAAGAUACCGAUUGGAGUCAACGGCCAGGAGACGAAGAAGAUCGUCCUGUUCAAUCCUCUGGCUCAGCCAAGGCAGGAGGUGAUCAGUCUAAAGGUUACCUCGUAUAGGAUCAGAGUUUUGGACCCACAGAAGAAUCCCAUUCCUUAUCAAAUCGCCCCAGUAAUGAAUGCCACGAGCAUCACUCACGACGUGUACGUCCUGCUGUUCGCAGUGGAAUUAAAACCCCUCGCCAUCGUCACUUAUCAUAUCCAACAGAUCGACAAGGUGCCCAUGGAGGCGAUCUCGACAGUCUAUUGCAGUAGAUGCGGCAAGGACAACGUCUUCCCCAUCAAGCCCAUGCAAAUGGGCGACGUACAGCUGGAGAAUCAGCGAAUGAAACUUUUGUUCGACGGUCAGACGGGCUUCCUGAAAAGGGUAACGAAGAAAGCGACUGGUAAGAUCAUGCAGUGCGCGAUUCAGUUCGCGGCGUACACGUCCGCGCAGUUUCACAGCGGCGCGUACCUUUUUAUGCCCGACCCGAACCUUCGAGACACCGAUAAGGAUGUCCUCGAGGCGUACACCCCUCAUCAGAAGAUCUACAUCGUCAGUGGGAUCCUCAGCUCGCGGUUGACCGUCGAAUACGGGAAACUGCUGACGCAUCACGUGGCCAUUUAUCACAAAGACGGUGGCCUAGGCGAGGCGAUCUACAUCAGAAACAUAGUCGACUUCGAGACGCCACCGAAAAACCGCGAAACAGAGAUGUUCAUGCGUUUACAGACCGAUAUAUUGAACGGUGACCCGCCAGAGUUCUAUACGGACCUGAACGGUCAUCAAAUGAUAAAGAGGACGAAGAUAGAGAGGAUAGGGAUCGAAGGUAACUACUUCCCCAUCACCACGAUGGCUUACAUCGAGGACACCAGUCACAGGCUGACGUUGCUGGUGAACCACUGCCAAGGAGCCGCGAGUUACCAGCCAGGCUGGCUCGAGGUGAUGUUGGAUAGGAGAACCCUGUACGACGAUUCGCGAGGAAUGGGCGAGGGUCUGCUAGACAAUCGAAGAACCGUUAUAAAACACUGGAUGCUGCUGGAGGACAUAAUAGGCGAGAACGAUAAAUACUCGAAGCCUUCCCUGUUCGCCAACCAUUUGAGCAACGCGCUCAACUACCCCGUGAACAUCUUCGUAGUGGACGGAACGGAUUCUGAAAUUGCCAUGGCGCCAGAGAUCAGGCUGCUCAGCCAGAGCUUCCCGUGCGAUGUUCAUUUGCUUAACCUGAGGACCAAUCACGACCAAAAGCUGCCAAACUUCCCCGUGAAUAGCGCCCUGAUGGUGCUUCACAGACAGGGCUACAGCUGCUCCGUGGGGGUGGACGUGGCCAUGAAGCACUGUCCGCUCACGGACAAGAUUACCCAGGGGACGUCCUUUUUCAAGCUCGCGAAACUGAACAUCACCAAGACGUCCCUGACGGGCACCAAGACGAAGCAUCGGCUGAAGGACGGUCUCCAGGAGGUCAGUCUACAGCCGAUGGAACUGGAGACGUUCAACGUGAACUUCGUUCAAUGAUCUUAAGCCUUUUUCUCGGGGCGGUCGACGCCACCGGGAACUCUUCGGUCUCCUCGAACCUGACGCCCGUGAACCGAAAGCGCUUGUCCAUCUUCUGGAAGCCACUGCCUAUCCGCUUGCUUCGACGGACGCUACCUCUUCGUGUCCGCGUUCGAUCUUUCGGAGUUUCGUGCCGGAUCGCGAACGGAACACGCAGAUUCGCGACACAUGCCCAAGUUCCGUUUUCGUUACGUUACGAACACUGCAUUGUUUUAUCUCUUUUUCGACUGAACAAGCCUACCUCCAGGCUGGAGGAACGCCAGUGUAAAUACUCGAUUAAGCAAGAUUAAUCGGGAUGAACGUCCGCGACCUGUCUGCAACCGUGUACAUACGCCAAUUUAUUGUACUCUAUAUCUUUUCUUCUUUUAAUUAAGUUUACCUUGACGAAGCACGUACGACGAUGGCGAAUCGGAGGGGAAGAGAGAGUCCGAAGGAGAAGAGAAAUUAUAAUCCAAAACACGCUGCCCCCUAACUUAACGCGUACGUGUGCGCUGUCUCGUGACAGCGUUUAGAAAAUCGGGGAAAGGACGGAGUAGAACAUAAUACGUUUCGUUUGCUCUUAAAGCCUCGUUUCCACCGUUACAACCGUGUAGGAUGCAUGAGUUUUAAUUUUUGAUUAACGAACCGAUGACGAAACGAGAGUUCGGUGGAAAUCAGAUGUUAAGAGCUCGAUGGAACAGACACAAUCGAACGAUCUAAGUGCAUUACAGACUUCUAAUCUGUGCAAUAGUUAGGGAUUCAGUUCGUGCGAGAUGUGUGGGAACGGAUAACAACGCAGAAACGUACAGAGUGUUUCGUUUAACUUAGUCGCGCGUGUUUCUUUUGGUGUGGAUGUCGCGAGGAAAUAUUUGAGGAAGUCUCGAUACCCGCAAUUUUCGUAGUCAGAAUUCAAGAAUUUGUUAAGAUUUAAAUACGUGUCUUAAUCUAAAACAAGGCACCAUUUUACAGGACAAGCAUUGAACGUAAUGUAUACAUUUUUUGUUAGGAUACAUUAGGUUGGUGAAUGUGAAAUAUCGUUUAUAUAAAUGAAACUUGAAUUACACCAAAUAUUUUGAAAAACAUUGACUAUUUAAUCAAAAUAAUUCCACAUAAUUCUGUUCUUUUGUAUAUGCUUUAAUCAAAGACUAAGCGCAAUUUUACAGAACAGGUAGUGAAUAAUAUAUGUAUACAUUUUUUCGUUAGUAUUAUAUAUUAGGCUGACGUUUAUACGAAUGAAACCUUAACUAUACAAAAUAUUUUUCAAACAUUAUACAUAAUCAAAACGAAUAGUAAGGUGCAGAAUUGGUCGUAUAGGAAAAGCGGUCGACUGUCUGAACCGAGAAUUGUGAGUUCGAAUCUUCGUGCCUUAGUUUUCGUUUAGACUUCGACGUACCAGUCUUCGUCUAAGGUACAACGAUACUUUUCAUUCAUUUCUAGAACUACCUCGACACGGGAUAACACUUCUCAUUUAAAAAUCAUGUUUAGACUUCGUCAAGUCAUAUUCCUUCGCGUGCUCAACGAAAAGGAAGCUCUUGAAGGUGGUCUAGCUAAACGAAUCAUUCUAUCGACUAUACAUAUAUACAUAUAUACAUACAUAAAUAUUGUUGCUAGCAUCGUGUAUACAAGAUGACCGUGGCCUCCAUGGUAAUCCUGCAUACACGGUGCUAACGAUAUAUUAUAUAUUGUACAUAUCAAGCCACGACUUUAUCUUAGACCGUGUAUUGUGAUAGGGAGAUAUAAUGUAAAUGGUAUACACCUAUUUUCAUAUGUGAAACAUUUUACUAAAGACUCUCUCUUCCUCCAGCAAUGCGGGGGAAGGAAAUUACCGGGAGGCUGGUGAUUUUCAACGAUCUUCCAAUUCUAACGGGGACACGAUUCAGUUGAACCGAGGCUGACUCCAGCCGGCUGGAAAGUACCUAUUUUUUACUCUUGCUAAGCGUAUCCGGCGGAAGAGGCGAACAAAUUCGAUCAGGCGUCUGCUGUACGUCAGACUCGUGUAAAUAUUAGAUUAAUUAGUGACGGGAAAGAGGGAGGAAGCGUCGUACGGUUUCCAUGCGAGCUGAGCGUCUCGUUAUCAGGACCAGUGAGGUCCUUGGGUAAACGUUCGUCAUCCCCGAGGUACAUAUAUUUUUUGGCCACCGAAGCGGACAGGAUGUUAUACGUUCGCGACUGUUUGUAUUUCUGUUUGCUUCUUUUUCUGCUAAGAUUUUACGCGAUACCUUACUAUAGGUUCGAUCUUUUAACUUUAUUCUAUCUGCUGCGUUAACACUGUAUUUAUUGUUUACUAGUAGGAAAAACGUGCAGUGAAUCACAAAAGUAUUCAUAUUCAUUACAAAUAUAUGAAAGAAUAGAUGAUUACGUUCGCGAUAACGUUAUAUGCAUACGCAUAUUAUACGUGUACGUGCACAUAUGUGUACAAUUGUGUAUGGAUUAAUGAUGGACAACUCAAGUUAGAUAAAACAAUGUGAUGAAAGGACAUAAUAUUUAUAGUAUAUAUUUAUAUAUUAUGUCUAUAUAUUUGUAUGUAUAUGUAUAAUAACAUUAUUCAAUUAUUAUUAUUUAUCACUGUAAUAUAAUAUUAUUAUACAUAUAUAUUAUAUAUUAUUUUAUAUAUGAUAUACACUUAUAUACACAUAUAUAUAAAUUCGGACUGUAUAUUUACAUUUUCCUCAGGAAAUAUAUACGUUCGAUACUUUAUUGAACCGCCUAUAGAAAGUUUCUAUUAGAAACUGAAACUGCUCUUACUGCUAAAGUUUCAUCGUCUCUUUGACCAAAUUAUUUAUUAGAUUGACGUCAAUUGCUUCGUAAAUUUCGCUACCCCUACUUUCUACUGUUUUCAAAUUUUUUACAUUGUUAUAUCCGCUUCGGGGUUUUCGUUAUUAAUGUUUUAUAUUUCUCUGACGUCUUAUCGGUUUGUAAUUUUUUCUCUGUAGUUUUAUCGGUUAGAAGUAGCUACAUGAAAGAGCACCGGUAGAAACGAUCAGUCAAAUGAAAGUAUAGACACAUUUCCAUCGUUCGCAAUCUAUCGUACUUUUGAAGCGUACUCGAGUUUCAACUUGACCGGUAUUUCCAAGCGCUGAAAGCGCUACGCCGGAAGAACGUUAUCGUCAACUAUUUCCCUGCGUGGAGUUUCCGUUCCCUUUCGUAAGGAGAUCUCGAUGACGGCGGGGGAAAAAGAACCACGGCUCGGUGCAUUUGCAAUUAAGCUCCGCUUAUUAAGCUCCGCGUUUUUCGUUCUAGAGACUCGGUGGAUUUAACGAUGUGAGUGAACGUUCCUGAUAAGUAUUCGGAGAUUACACUGCGAGCCAUCCGAGACGAAAGCAGACUACAACACGUUGCAAACAACCCAGUUGCUGAAAGUUUCACUGAAAGCAUAGCGUUGAAUCUUCUUUUAGUUUCAUUUUCAAGUUUUGCUUUUUAUUUUGCUACCAAGUCAACUGCUAAUAGAAUAAUCAUUCUGUUAUACUCAAAAAGCAGAAUAAUCCUAAAAUGAAAUUGUAAAUAUUGGUUUAGUUUCGCAAAUUGAUUUAAUCGCUUUCUCUCUGGUCACAUCUGCUAAACAGACGUAGAACUUUUCGAAAUUAUGAUUUUUACCAAAAUAACAGUGGUUUUACUGAAAGUCGUCAUUUGUUGACUUUCAAAUGAAUCGUUUUUCCUUAAUAAAAUAGCAAGUUUUCAUCGAAAAAAAUUCCUUCGUUCAUUCAAUUUAAAUCUUGACCUUUUUGUCCACUUAAGGCACGAAAUAAUUGUCAACUAAAAAAAGUCUCGAUGGUGAUUGUAAACCGUUUUAUUCGGUUAACAAAGAGAUGACCUGUCCCUUCGAGUGGCCAAAAAUAUGAGAUACCGGUACCAUCUUGAAAUGUACGGUUCUUGAUCACGCGAGGUUCGUAAGAUUCGCAAAAGAAGCAACCGAGAACGCUGAAACGAUCGCCGGAAAUCUAUGACUGUCCUUGUAACGAUAUUGUACCAUACUAUGUGUUUGUGCUGUCUCUAGAGAAGAAAGAUCUAUAUUAAAGAUGGUAUAUGUAUACACGAGUACAUACACACGGCUGUACGUGUGUGUUCGCGUAUAUAGAGAUCUAUUUGCAAACUCGCUGGAACGGUUCGCAACUGUUUUUGCAACCGGUCCAGCGGCCAAGUACAAUUACACAUUAAUACACACAACACACGCCACACACUUCAGGAUAUUCCUUAUGUUACGAUGUAAUAUUAUAUUUAUUGAAUAAAGAUAGUAACUGACGUAUUUUAAUUAAGCGUGCCGUGGUGUCUGGCAUCCUCUUCCAAUCAGCGAAUGCGUUUAGUUUUAAUAAUAAUUUUAUGUAUAUUAUCAGAAAGACAGAUUCCCAGGUACGUAGAAACUACGAAUUUCUUAUUUACUACUCUGUUAAGUUUUAUUCUUCCAUCUCUAUUGCAAUAAAUCUCUCUUUAUAUAUCACGUUUGAAACCCAACAGACAAAAUUUUACUUUGGAUGGAUAUGUUUGAUAAAUCUAUCUUUUCGCAUAUUAAUGUUUCUGUAAGCAAUGCAUUAUA